CAUUAGUUGCAUAACUGCCGUCCUUGAAACGCUCAAAAAACUCGGAAUAUAUUUUACUUCUAGCGUUGCAUAUAUAGCGGCCAAUUCCAGGCUCAGCCUCCAAGAAUAUAAGAUACCAGCAAUACAGCUCAAAGCUUGCAGACGAGCUAAGCUACCUGAUAGGUGACACGGCUAGAAACUAGCUAGAGCAGUUCGUCGACCGGCCAUGUCGAUAUCCUCGAGCUCCAACAAGACGCUGCCCUACUCGGCGGACGGUGGCAGCUACAGCACCCACGACACGCUCGCCCUCCUCGUCAUCGGCUUCAGCGUCACCGCCGUCUGUGUCUUCAUAAUCGCCCUAUUCGAUUGCCUGUGCUGCCGCCCGCGCCGCGCUGGCGGCCGCAGGAUCGUCUUCGUGGGCGCCCGGCCGUUCUUGGUGCGUGCCGGCGGCGAUGGUGGGCUGAGCCCCACGGCCGUGGCCGCGCUGCCGUCGUUCUUGUACCACAGAGGCGUGGCCGUCCGCGGCAACGACGGUCCGGACGGUCGUGGCGAAGGCAGCGGCGGCGGCCGCGGGUGGGCGCAGUGCGCGGUGUGCCUCAGCCUGGUGAAGGAAGGGGAGGUGGUGAGGCAGCUGCCGGCGUGCAUGCACCUGUUCCAUGUAGGCUGCGUCGACACCUGGUUGCACUCCCACUCCACUUGCCCUCUGUGCAGGGCCACGGUAGAGCCCCCUUCGAAAGACCAGGUGCCUCCUGUGUGAUCGAUGCGAGAUUUGUGCGGAGUUUUCUGUGCUAUGUACUGUAGCAUAUUUUUGUACAUAUCAGAUGUAGAAAUUACUGUACUACGAGUGCGUACCAAGAAUUCUGCACCAAACUAGUUUCACCUGUCAUGUUCUCUACCCUUUCUCUGGAUGUCGUUGAUGCUUGAAUGUAGAUUGGGGAGGAUCAAUUGUGAAUAGAAGGAUGAAAUGGUUGAUCCAGUCUGAUUGGUUCUGACAUAAAAAUCUCUUAUUGGUUCUUGACAUUGACUUGUAA